UAAAAAAGGAACUUGAGUAGGAAGAGAACAGAAAGGGAUGUAUGUAGAAUAAUGUGUAUUUACACGGUAUGUAACGGUAGCGAGGCUAAAAUUGUUGACAGAUUCACAGAUAACCGAUGUGCAAACGAAAAAAAGAAUCGUGAUUUGAUUUGGGUCUACGUCAGGUGAACCUGUAAAGAAGAAUAAAUAGGGCAUUUCCGAGGGUAGGAAGGAGGGAUCAUUUCCUCGCGGAAAAAACAGAGUUCAGACAAAUUUAACAGUCAGCCUAUCACCCUAUCUCCUCUUCUUUCGGCUGAAAUCCUAGCUGCCAACAAAAGUAAGGAGAGAAGAGGAAGCGAAAGAAAAUUAGAGAAGAGGAGGCGUCUAGAGUCGGGGGCGGGAGUCAAACUCCCGCUACCGCUACGGCGCGCGUCAUCGCGAUGGUCACGUCGGAGAACAAGUGCAUUCACACCGGUACAGUUUAUGUGGCUGUAGUAGUUUCAAGCACGUUUUAUACCUUGAUGGUGUCUCUAACUAUGUGCGCGGAAAAACGAUACGAUAAAAUUCUGCUAAAUCCCGCGUAAAUGAGCCCCGGAUUCAACUGGAUGCCCGCGUCCCUUCUGAUUCUCCGGGACACGUGAGCGAGUAAACGAUCGUUGUAUUUUUGUAAUCGUGAUCGGCGUAAGACCGCAUUUAGGGCUGUUGUAUGCGAAAAAAGAAAUAAAAGUGCAAAAUCCUUUGGUCGUGGAAAAUCAACAAGUGCCCUGUUUGAAUCCGACGCGAGGCGUCCCUCGUAGGUGCGUCGCGCUCGGCUUUUGUUCGUUCGCGUUCCAUCGGGAUUGUUCGGGUUGCGCGCGGCUGCAGGAGGCGUCAUGACGCCGAUCGUCUUCUGUUUUCUCCUUUGAACGCUUGGUGUCAGCGUAUGCGCAGAUUGGCUGCGCACUAGGCGUGUGCGUUGUCUGGAUUCUUUGUGCCAUUCUUGGCAUACCAAAAACAGAGUAACUCUUCAUAUUUACGGACCAAAUAUCGUCCUAAUUUCGAGAAAACUGCCCGCGGCGCACGUCAUCUAGCCCCCUGUGUCAGCGAGAAACGGCGUGUGUUUUCAAAACUGUGGCCCCAGCUGCGACGGAUUACCCGCGGGAAAACAGUGCGAAUAUCAUGUCCCUCUGCUACCUGAGAGGCAGUGCGGUGGCUGCAGCCGACACCAUUUCCUCACCGUGGACCCCCGCGAGUUCCGGGCCGCCGCCCGAUGCCAAUGGCUCCGGCUCGGAUACAAAGAAUCUUGACGUUGGCGACAUCAGCGAUGACGAAAAGGAUUUGUCGGCAGCGGAUGCGGAGGGUGUUUGGUCACCGGAUAUCGAACAGAGCUUUCAAGAGGCGUUGGCCAUUUACCCACCAUGUGGUCGACGCAAAAUUAUCCUUUCCGACGAGGGAAAGAUGUACGGUCGCAACGAGUUGAUCGCACGGUACAUAAAACUCCGAACUGGAAAGACGAGAACGAGGAAACAAGUCUCGUCGCACAUCCAAGUACUCGCAAGGCGAAAACUACGGGAAAUUCAGGCGAAGCUUAAAGUGGAUUAUGCUGCCAAGGAGAAGACAUUGCAGACAAUGUCAAGCAUGUCCAGUGCCCAGAUAGUCUCAGCUGGAACAGCGAUACACAACAAGAUGCCCCCCGCCCUUGUGGGGCCCCUUGCCCUCCACACUUCCACCCCCGUCUCCUAUCCCGGAGCGCAAUUCUGGCAACCUGGUUUGCAACCAGGUACAUCUCAGGAUGUCAAACCCUUCCCACAACCAGCAUAUACGGGAAAACCAGCUACGGCGGUGUCGAGUGGUGAUAUGGUGCAGGCGCCACCUCCACCGCCCUGGGAGGGUAGAGCCAUAGCUACGCAUAAACUUAGACUGGUAGAAUUUUCGGCCUUUAUGGAACAGCAAAGAGAACCAGACACCUAUCACAAACAUUUAUUCGUCCACAUAGGAGGUUCCGCCACCUAUGCCGAUCCACUCUUGGAAGCAGUCGAUGUCAGACAAAUAUACGACAAAUUUCCAGAGAAAAAAGGAGGCCUCAAAGAAUUGUAUGACAAGGGACCUCAGGCGGCCUUUUUCCUUGUUAAAUUCUGGGCAGACCUCAACACCAAUAUUCAAGAUGAAGCGGGAGCUUUUUAUGGUGUCACAAGCCAGUAUGAAAGUAACGAAAAUAUGACGAUAACAUGUUCCACAAAAGUCUGCUCGUUCGGUAAACAAGUCGUAGAAAAAGUGGAGACUGAAUAUGCCAGGUUUGAAAACGGAAGGUUUGUCUACCGCAUCCACCGUUCACCUAUGUGCGAAUACAUGAUAAAUUUCAUCCAUAAACUAAAACACCUACCUGAAAAAUAUAUGAUGAACAGUGUGCUCGAAAACUUCACCAUUCUUCAGGUUGUAACGAAUAGAGACACACAAGAGACGUUACUUUGUACAGCGUAUGUAUUUGAAGUAUCAACGUCCGAGCAUGGCGCGCAGCAUCACAUAUACAGACUGGUUAAGGAUUAGUCUGUUUAAUCUGCUCGCCACGCAGCCAUCCACCCCCAUCAGUGCCUACACUCACUACUCAUCCACACAUAUGCAUAACACACUCAUUUUAAGGAGACCAUAGAGGAUGUUUUGGGCAACCCUUUUGAUAGUCGGAUUAAAGCCAAUAGAUGAAUACACCAUUAUGGUUUGGAGUUCCAGCGUGCUACUGUUUCUAUCAAUUCAAGCAGACCGGCCUACAACAGGUAACAUGAACAAUUUUACGCUAGCAUUGAAGCGGUAUGAUCGGAAAUAAGUUUCAUGCCAUGUUCGAUAAUUGUACUUUUCUGUUGGCCCUACGCUGUGUUAUUUGUUGAUCCUCAGGUGUUGGAUUAAAUUCAAUGAAACGACCAGGUUGAAUAACUUAUACGACAUGUGAUAGACAAAUUUUAAUGUGAACAAAUUUUCAAUGCUUUUACGUCGAUAAAAAAAAAAAACAUUUUUAGGACGUAUGAAAUGACUUGCGUUGAAAAAGUAUGUUUUCGAUCGGUUGUUUGGUACCAAUCGACGUGGUUGUUUAUAUUUAACUUGCUUAAUAUCCGUGAAAUUUAUAUUCUGCGUAAUAAUCACACAUGCACCCAGAGACAUAGUAGCGUACUAGCCAGCCCGAGCUCAUGGUUAAUUCAAAUAUCCAAUUUGCAGUAAACUUAUGGUGUUUCAACUUUAUUUUUGUAAAAAAAUUUUAUAUAUCAUGUACACAAAUUUCGACUUCGAAAGUUUGGAAUAGCACGAGGCAACAAGCAUAAUACAACAUGAUGUUCAUUAGCCGAUUAAAAUCAAAGGUCCAAAGAGUAACAGGCUAAUAGUAACGUGCAAUAAAUAUUAUCCCUAGUAAACUGGUCAUAAAAAUUAGUGAAAUGAAAGAUUGUUAAAUAACAUUUUUAUGAAAAAUGGAUAGCUUGAAAAGAUGAACGCAAUUUGUUUGAAAAAAAAAAUGGUAUUUUGUUGAAUAAAUUACUGAAUGCAAGAGGAAACAAAAAUAAAUAUAUAAUAUAUGACAAUAAAUAUUGGUGAAGAAAACAUGUCAUACUGGAAUUUGGAGCGAACAAAAAACUUGGAUAUCGGAGUGGCGCAGUACCAACAUUACUUAGUAUUAUAGUUUUAUUAUUGAACUAGCUAAUAGGAGAUCAGACAAGACAUCCACACGCAGAUCACAUAUAUUAUUACAACUAACAAUAUAUGUUGAUCAAAUAUUACCGCAAUGAUUAUGAUUUACAUUGUUAUAAAUGAUCGUGUAUAAAGAUAUCGAGGUGAUUCUAAGUUUGAAUGGAAAUGAAAAGCUAAAGGGAUGCCAUUACAAAUUUCUAAUCUCCUGGUUUUAAAUAUUUUUUUAUCAGUGGCAAGAAGAGAAUAAUACUUUCGCAGAUUUUUAAUUAAACUCUAUAUAAGUUGUUUUUAACAUUUUACAACUUACGCUAAGGGCUUUUUUGGAGCGUCUUCAAUUUUUAAUCGUCUCUCGGCCAAUGGGAGGGGCGAUUUGUUUUUACGCAUUGAAGAUUAUUAUCGACUGUUGAUUUUUCAUUUUAACAGUAACUACUCAAUUUUUGUGCGAACCCACCCCCUUUUUUGGCAGCAACACGUAGAAUAGAGAGAUGUGUUUGUACUUCUUAUAAUCAGCCUACGUUAUAUUUCUAAGCCCUUUUUCUUCACUGUAGCUUAUAAACGAAUGACUGUCUUACUUUAGCGUACUGUUUUCAUUUCUAACUUUACAUUUACUACGUUUAAAAAACAACGUUUUCUUAGUACACACGACGGCCCCUUUUCAACAGACUUGUAACUUGGCAGGUUUCUGGUUUCAAAGCCCAGGGUUUCAUUUACAAUCAUCACCAUUUCAAUUGCAUUUUCAACAUCUUAAUGUGAACAUACUUUACGUUCAACAGUCAAAUCUUGUACUUAAUUUUGCUGAGCAUUUGCCAUAAAAAAUUGCUUCCAAACAUCAAUUUGAUUGCAAACAAUCCUUACCGUAUUUUGUCUAACAGUUUGCCAACUACCCAGUAUUUUUCGCAUUAAACCCUGGUAAUUUUGAAUUGUAAUGUCUCAUUCUCAAAAUCAAAUAAUCAACAUUUUCGGAUCAUUCACGGUCUCUCAUACCCAUCAUUUCAUUUUCUAAAAAAAAAGCAUAUUCAUGGAAUUUCAUAAUUACUCUAUAUUCUCAUUUGUUGUCUGUCUUCAAGCGAAACUUGCCUACCGAGCAGCAAAUUAACACGUUAUAGUAUAGCUGGAAAAACAGAUAUAUUUUAAGGAUACGUUACUAUUAAUUACUGUAUUGUUACUUUGAUUAUUAUUACGAAACAAGUGGCAAUGUAUUUUGAUCUCUCUUUUAGUCAGAAAUAUGCUUAUCUUUUUCUGGGUGAGAAAAAAAGUUGGUAAAUGGCUGAUCGAAUGAGGAAAACUUUUAUUUGAAAACAAAAAUAAUUAUCAAUAUUAUUAUUAUAAUUAUUACAUUUAUUUUUAUUCGCAAAUUGGCAGCUUCAGUACUUCUUAGUUAUUGUUAUUUUUAUAAUAAUUAUUUGUAAAAGAAAUGAUUUUGUUUGAUAGUAGGUGAAAUAUGGUUAAUAAUAUUUUAGAUUUUAUUUCUAAGCUAAAAACAAUUUUACAUAUGAAAAAAGUCUUUUUUUGAUUUUUUUUUCUUCUAUUUCAUAGCACGCAAUAUUAACGAGUGAUGUUCAAAUAAAUUUAUUUUAAUUAUGUGUGUUUUUUUGUGCGGAAGCAAAAAAUUCAAAUCGAUAAAAAAAUUAAAAAAAAACCGGCACUAAUAUUAUUAACAUUAAUGAUUUUAAAAUAAGCGAAUUACAUUUAUAAGGAAAGAUUAUGAAAAUAUAUAUUUAUCUAUGUCUUCUGUGAAGAUAGAAAAUAGUACUCUCUCAUUCUAUAUUGAUGAUAUCGAAAAAUCAGUAACCAGCAAAGACACAAAUGGCAGAGUAAUUUUGAAUAAAGAAAAAUCAAUUCUCAUUGUACCCGUUAACAAUUGGUACAGCACAUUCAGACUUGUUAAAUAACUUUGUAUAUAUUUACAUAAAGACCAUCAAAAAUUUACAUUUCAACGACUACAUAUUGUCAUCGUGAUAUAAUUUGGUAUACAGCGUAUCAAAGCACAUAUUAAUUUUUUCUUCUAUUUUCUUACUUGGUUGUUUUUUUUUCUACUAAAAGCACAACGAUGUAUGCUGAAAUUCUUUCAUUUUAUCCGAAGCAAAGUUUUAUGUCCAUAUCUGGAACUGCCAUAUCAAUGAAUUGAGCUUGAUCAUGAUGAAAAGUUUUUAAAUUAUCUGAAAAAUAAGAUGAAGAAUACCUAAUUGUAUAUUAUAUUAUCAUGAAUAAAAAACACAAAAAAACAAAAAUAAAAAAAAAAAACGAAAUGAGGAUCAAAGUAGUUGACUUAACGAGUAAAUGAAAAUAAAUGAAAUAUAUCAUUAAAUUAGAGGUUUAAAAAUAUAAUAGAACUCAGUAUAUGUACAGUAUUUGAAAAACAUGUUUAUAAUUUGUAUGGAAAAAUAAAUAAUUGAUAAAAAAAAAAA